AUGUCACUGAUGCCCACCCAAGAGGAUGCGACACGUGUUCACAUCAUCGUCAAGAAGACCUUCCUGGAAUGCAUCCCUGACCGACGCAGGGACGAGGCGCAGAGUCUAGCUGGAUGCAGCGAGCCCAUCAUCGAUUGGUCGGAUAUGGCAGAAGAUGAGUCCAUUGGUUCCCGCUUGCAUGGGUCUGGCUUGUGCAAGCCAUGUGCGUGGCAUUGGAAGAAGGGCGGUUGCAAAAACGGCGCGGAGUGCAGGCAUUGCCACAAGUGUCCCAAAGGCGAGGUCACCAGGCGUAAGCGUGAGGCGCGCCGCUUUGGGCGGCGUCAGCGGUACCUCGAUGAACAGCUGGAGCACACGCCGAGCGAGACCAAGAGUGAGAAGAGUGAGCAAAGCUUCGUGACAGAGACACCGGAGCAUACACCAUCGCACUCACCACGCGUUUCGCCGAUGCCGAGCACCCCGAAAAUGCCCACGCCGAGUCCCUACACGGUCGGACCCUGCGUGGAAGGCGGGUCGAUGCUUCUGAUUUUGGUUCCUGUGCCAGUCCCGACUGUGGCUUUUGUGGGUCCAGCCAUGGCUGGGAUCCCAGCGAGAGCGUCGUGA